AUGAGCCGAGCGAACUUCUCGUCCGUGGCUCUGGGAUACAAGGGAAACGAUAAGGCGACUCGGGAAACGUUUGUCGAUGGAUGGAUGUGCACAGGCGACCAGAUGCGGAUCGAUGAAAACGAGAUACUUUGCAUACUAGAGUCGAUCUGCUCUGACACGCUCAAAAUUGCAGGGAUGCAAGUAUCUCCCGUCAAAAUCGAGAACAUGAUCCUGGCGCAAUCCGACAAGCUCAUUACUAAUAUAAGCGUCGCGGGUGUUUCAGGUGGGCGCACCCCGGACGAGCGCAUGCUGCGCGCGUGGAUCGUGCUAUCCCCUGCGGGCGCAGUGUCGUGUAAGAAAGAGGUUGUGACACAGCUCGAUGCAUGGGUGCAGAAGCACCUGACUCGGUAUAAGUGGUUGAGGAGGCAUUAG